AUGACUUCCCAUCUCAGAAAACCUGAACCCUCUGAACCAUCCUCAGAUGCUCUUGAAUUAAACAUCUUGGACAUUAAACCAACUGAGGAUUUGACUGCACAGUCAGGAGAGCUCUCUAAGCUUCCAAGUGCUCAGCUCCACUCACCUCCACAUGGCAAUGGCUCAUGUGCAAAGCAGGAGCUGCAGAGCCUCGGUGAGUGGUUUAACUCCUGGUUGCAGCCGGAAAAGCACACCAAGGAGGAGAUGAUGUCUCAGCUGAUCAUGGAGCAGUUUGUUCUCACUGGACGCUGCAAGGACAGGUCUGCCUUGAAAGAGAAGUGGGAGUCAAGUGGCAGAAACAUGGAGACGUUCAUGGAGGACCUGACUGAUGACUGCUUGAAGCCUCCUGUCUGGGUGCAUGUCUUCAUGCAGGGAGAGGAAGCCCUCUUUCCUGAGCAUAUGCCCUUAAAAGAAGUCAUCAUGCAUUUGAAAGAACAGAGGUCAGCAAAAAUGUCAACAGAAGACCAUGCAAGGCCCUUCCAGCCUCCCGAAGAUGGUCCCUUGGAUAUGGGUGAGUCAGGGGAAACUGGACACCAGAGGGGUGUUGUGUUGGGAUCCUUUCUUGGGCAGUGUUUCAUAGGUUUUCUUAUUUCCUCAGGUCAUGAAGACGAAGAGCAAACUACUGAAAUGGAUGACAGACUACCAGGCCGAGGAAAUCAGAUAGAGUCCCUCAUCAUUAUCCAGGAGAACUCUGCUGAGCCUGAAGAGGGAGGUGUUUCUUAUGGAAACCCUCAAGAUGCCACAGUAGCAAGCCAAGGGACCUCUAGGUCCCAAGAAGUGUCCGUAAAGGAACCCUCUCAUGAAGAUGUCUCUAUGGAGGUACAACCAGGGUUUCCCUGCAGGCCAGAGCAGUCAACCUCUGGGCCUAACCCUGUGCACAAGAAUCAUGAGAGAAACUCCUUAUGUGAAAGGCAGCAAGAAAUAUCCCAUCAUAGGGUAAAGAAGCCAUACAAAUGUGAGCAGUGUCAGCAGCUAUUUAGGCAUCGCUGUUACCUUUUAACCCACCAGAAGAGGCAUAGGAACGAGAGGACAGUUUUCUGUGGGGAGUGUCACAAAGGUUUCUAUCAACAAUCAGAACUCCGAGUUCAUCAGGUCAUUCACUCAGGGGAGAAGCCUUUUAAAUGCAGCAUGUGUGAGAAGACCUUCAGCAACAAGACCAACCUGGUGGCUCACCAGAGGAUUCACACAGGAGAGAAGCCCUACAGGUGCUCCGUGUGCCAUGCCAAUUUCCGCCAAUCCUCCACGUACCAUCGGCACAUGAGGAAUUACCACAAGGGAGACUGA